AUGCGCAGUACUCCCAUGCUGCUCGCGCAGACUUUCGGACAGAAGGAGACAGAGAGCUUUCUGCGGAGUUACAAACCGCCAGUGUACGAUCAAGGUGAUGAUGAUCUCGAUGACGUGUUUGUUGUCUCGAACGAUGAAAUCCCGUCCAAGAUUGAACCCAAGGACAAGCUGAAGCCUUCGCAAGACAUGCAAGAUGAGCUUGAAAAUUUCUUCAAGACAUCCGUUCUUAGACAACACCCGGACUUGUUAAACUUUUAG